AGAUUCUAACUUCCGUUUAUAUUUUAUUCUAGUAUUUAACUCCUGUUCCUAAUAAACUAUUUAGACCGGAUUUUUCAUUUUACAUGGCUGCUCCUCCAGAUUCUGCUUAUGUUUCUCCUUUGCUUCACAAUCAUUAUACAGCAAAAAGUCCAAACAAAAGUUUAUCCCCUUCUUUAGCUCAUCAAAACUUUUCUCCCAAAACCUUUCUCUUGCCUCCUCAAUCCUUUCCUCAAAAUUAUGAAGAAUUUAUUGCCACAGGUUCAAAGCCAAGUUCAAUUGUUCAUAACGACUUUAUUAACUUAAAUAAAGUGGAUAAUUAUGGUACAAAUAGAAAUAAAAGAAAUAAUAGAAAUAGUAGAAAUAGUAGAAAUGCUAAUGAUAAUAAAAAGAAAUUUUUUCAUUAUGAAACUGAAAUGAAUACAUUUCCUGAAUCUUUUAAACCAAGACAAGCUUCAAAUAUGCCUCAUAAAGAAAAAGUAUCUAAAUGGAUUCUUGAUGUUCCAAUUUUCCCCUUAGGCGACACAAUUUGGUCCAACGAUUGCUAUCCUGCAUUGAUUGAUGAUUCUUCAUUUUCAAUUUCUGAUGAUAACAAUUUUGUAGAUGAUUUUCCUUUUAAUCCAAGUGCAGAUGAUAUGCUGGAAUUGCAAGCAAGAAGAAUAACUUAUUAUACCAACAAAUUAUAUCUCAUGGAUCCCCAUGAAGAAAUCAUUAAUGGAAAUGAAUUGUUGGCUUUCAUUAAAUCCCAAAAUCAGAAAAAUACUAAUGAUAAGAUUGAAGUUGAGUCUGAAGUUGAAUGUGGCCAUAUUAAGACAAAUUCCCCUAUUGCUACUGCUUUUACUAGUCCUCAAUGAUUGAAAUCUUUUAUAAAAUUUUUCAUCAACUAUUCUUUUUUUACUUUCUUACUUUCUUACUUUCUUACUUUCUUACUUUCUUACUUUCUUACUUUCUUAUUUUCUUAUUUUUUUAUUUUCUUAUUUUUUUAUUUUCUUAUUGUUUAAUUAUCUGCUCUAAUUUAUUUUAGUU